UAUAUUAUGAAAUAGAAAAAUAAGAAACCAAUCUCUGAACUUCUGAAGUAAAAAAGAAUCGCAGAACAAUAAUCAUAACCUGUUUAAUAGCCCCCUUCACCUCCUUCUCGAUCCUCUUCAUCAUGCUCAUCUAAAACAUCCAAUCCAUAUGAAGAUAGUAGUGAUGCUGAGGAUUAUGAGGAUUACAAAAAAGAUGGUUAUCAUCCUGUUAGUAUUGGCGAUAAAUUUCAUAAUGGAAGAUUUUAGGUGAUUCAAAAAUUAGGAUGGGGUCAUUUUUCAACAGUUUGGUUAGCACAUGAUAAAUAAUCCGAAACACAUGUUGCAUUGAAAAUAUAAAAAAGCAAAUAGAGUUAUCAAGAAAGUGCUAUUGAUGAAUUAGAACUUUUGAAGUAUUUCAUUCAAAUUAAUGUAGGGAUUUAUAGAAGCAUUUGAAGGAUGAAAAAUGGGUUUAGUAUUAACAGCAAUUGUCACAGAUUCCAAAAUUGGAUUACUCAACCUUAAAGUGGUAUGAUCCAAAUAUCAAAAAUACAGAGUAAGAUAUGGAAAUUAAAGUGAAAUUGAAUGAAACAUACUGUGUGGAAAUGGUUGAUAAUUUUAUUCAUUAUGGGAUGCAUGGAAAACAUUACUGUACAGUUUUUGAAGUCUUAGGGCCAUCCUUAUUAGAUUUAAUUAUACAUUUUGAUGAUUACGAUAAAAGAAUGGGAAUGUGGUUAGUAAAAUAAAUUACAAGAGAACUCUUAAUUGGAUUAGUGUAUAUGCAUGAAGUCUGUAAUAUCAUCCACACAGAUUUGAAACCAGAAAAUAUUAUGCUUUAAUUGAAACCAUAAAAUUUUGGAGAAUUUGUAGAAUAAAUGAAGAUGGUUAAAAAGAAACCCAUAAGCAUGAAAUUCUUGGAAACAUUAAAAAAAUCAAUGAAGUCAACUAAUAAAAAAUAAGAAAAAAGAAAAAAGUAGAAAUAAAAGAAACUGUAAUAGUAGUAAGAAAAAGAUUAGUAAAUUUAGAAUUAACAGUAAUAGUAAUAAAGUGAAUAACUUUAAGAAUAAAAAUUAGAGGAUAUAUAGGUCUCAAAUUAAGAAACAAAUAAUAUUACAGUAUAAUAAACUGUUUAAGAAGAUUAAUAAUAAUAAUAAUAAUAAUAAUAAUAAGAGGGCGUGGAAUAAAAUUCAACAAAUGUUUAAUCAACUUUAACUGAUACAAAUACAGAGGAAGAUUCCUAAUAAAUAUAAAAUAUUGAUAAUAGUUAAAGCUAAACCGAACAAUAGGAUAAUAUCGAUAAAAAUGUUUUAGAGUAAUAAUAAAAGGAAGAAACUCAUCAUAUACAUAAACAUAGAAAUUUGCAAAAAGAGAAAGAAAAAGCAAUGAAGGAUAAGAAGAAAAGUCAUAGUUAAGAAGAAGAAGUUUCAUCAGAUGAGGACGAUGAUCAAGAUUGGAAAUCGGAUGAGGAAAGUGAAGAAUCAGAAUCAAAUGAAGUAGAUGAAGAGGCAUUGUACACUUUGAAGUAUUAUACUAUAUUUAUGAUUAGAUGGAAAGAGCAUAUAAAAAUAAAGUUAGAUCGAGAUCUAUCAAUUAAAAUUGUUGAUUUUGGAAAUGCUUGUUGGACUAAUAAGCAUUUUACUGAUAAUAUUCAAACGAGAGAAUAUAGAGCACCUGAAGCUAUUUUGGGAAUCGAAUAUGAUACUAGCACUGACAUUUGGAGUACUGCUUGUAUAGUUUUUGAAUUACUCACAAAUGACUAUCUAUUCAGACCUAGAAAGGGUAAAGGAUUUAAGAAAUCAGAAGACCAUUUAGCUUAAAUGAUGGAGGUGUUAGGGAAGAUGAAUAAGAAAUGGGCAUUAAGUGGAUCUAACAGUAGAGAAUUCUUCAACAAGACUGGCCAAUUAAUUAAUAUCAAAGUAAAUAAUUGCAUUAUAUUUAGGAAUUGCAUCCUACAUCUAUUAGUAAAAUAUUAAUGAGUGAUUAUGGUUUUUCAUAUUAUGAAGCAAAUCAAAUAGAAGAUUUUCUUGUGCCAAUGUUAGCAUUCGAGCCAAAGAAAAGAGUGACAGCCAGAUAGGCGUUGUAACAUCCUUGGCUUUGGUCUAAAUGA